AGCCCUAGUUGGACUUCAGCGCGCAAGCGCAGCACAUCCCGGCAAGGGGCGCGCGCAGCUGCGGGACUCAGUACGCAGGCGCGGGGUCCUCCCUAUUAAGGGCAAGUGGAGGCGGUCAUUAGCGCGCAGGCGUCUCCGUGGGAGCGGAACCCGAUAGGCGGGCCCCGGAUUUCCGGUUUCGGGGGCAACGAACGGCCGCGGCGGCGACAGCUACCGUUUCAGAGGAAGCUGCUGCAGAGGAGGAAGAAGAGAAACAGGGCCAAGCGGGAGGUUCAGGCGGGACCCUCGUCAUGGGUCCGCGGAUCUAGAGCGGCGGAAGCUACCGGCCCGAAGCCGAGCUGGCUGCUGCUCCUUCCUGUGGCCCCCAUGGCUGAGGAGUGGCUGGACUGCCCAGCCCUGGGCCCUGGCUGGAAGCGCCGUGAGGUUUUUCGCAAGUCAGGUGCUACCUGUGGACGCUCAGACACCUAUUACCAGAGCCCCACAGGAGACAGGAUCCGAAGCAAAGUUGAGCUGACCCGAUACCUGGGCCCUGCGUGCGACCUCACCCUCUUCGACUUCAAACAAGGAAUCCUUUGCUAUCCAGCCCCCAAGACCCGGUCUGUUGCUCUCCCUAGCAAGAAGCGGAAGAAGCCGUCGAGGCCAGUCAAGGCUCCGAAAUGUCACGUUGUAUCCCAGAGGAGUGAGGACAAGAAAGAGGCCCCAAGGGUUGAGACCAACGCUGACGCUGACGCUGACACAGCCCCAGCUUCUCUCCCUGCGCCUGGGUACUGUGAGAACUGUGGGAUCAGCUUCUCAGGGGAUGGUACCCGAAGGCAGCGACUCAAAACACUGUGCAAGGACUGCCGAGCACAGAGAAUUGCUUUCAACCGGGAACAGAGGAUGUUUAAGCGUGUGGGCUGCGGGGAGUGUACAGCCUGCCAGGUAACUGAGGACUGCGGGGCCUGCUCCACCUGCCUUCUGCAGCUGCCCCAUGAUGUGGCCUCGGGGUUGUUCUGCAAAUGUGAGCAGAGACGGUGCCUCCGGAUUGUGGAAAAGAGCCGAGGGUGUGGAGUAUGCCGGGGCUGUCAGACCCGGGAGGACUGUGGCCAUUGCCGAGUCUGCCUUCGCCCUCCCCGCCCUGGUCUCAGGCGCCAGUGGAAGUGUGUCCAGCGGCGCUGCCUACGGGGUAAACGUAGCCGCCGCAGGGGAGGCUGUGACUCCAAGGUGGCUUCCCGGUGGCGUCCCCGAACCCAGACUCUGCCUCCGCCUCCGCCUCCCCCAUUGCAGCCUCCAGAGUCCCCAGAGCUGCACCCCACAGCCCUGGCCCCCUCGCCACCUGCCGAGUUCAUCUAUUACUGUGUAGACGAGGACGAGCUACAGCCCUACACAAACCGCCGGCAGAAUCGCAAGUGUGGGGCCUGUGCAGCCUGCCUGCGGCGGAUGGACUGUGGCCACUGUGACUUCUGCUGCGACAAGCCCAAAUUCGGGGGCAGCAACCAGAAGCGCCAAAAGUGUCGUUGGCGCCAAUGCCUGCAGUUUGCCAUGAAGCGUCUGCUGCCAAGUGUCUGGGUAGGGCCUGAGGAUGGAGCGGGGCCACCCCCAUCUUACUCUCGUCGAAAGAGGCCUGGCUCUACUCGACGGUCCCUUCUGGGCCAUGCCCUGAAGCCCCCCUUGGCCAUGUCCACAGCCCCACCAGAACAUGCCCAGAUUCCAAUGAAGCAGGAAGCAGGCAGUGGUUUUGUGUUGCCCCCGCCUGGCACUGACCUUGUGUUCUUACGGGAGGGUGCAAGCAGUCCUGUGCAGGUACCUGGACCUGCCCCAGCUUCCACAGAAGCCCUAUUGCAGGAGGCGCAGUGCCCUGGCCUGAGUUGGGUUGUGGCCUUACCCCAGGUGAAGCAAGAGAAGGUGGAUGCCCAGGAAGACUGGACACCGGGCACAGCCAUCCUGACUUCUCCUGUAUUGCUGCCUGGCUGCCCCAGCAAGGCAUUAGACCCAGGCCUGCCACUUGUGAAGCAAGAGCCACCUGACCCUGAGGAGGAGAAGAGCAAGGAUGACUCAGCCUCUGAUUCGGCCCCAGAGGAGGAGGCAGCAGGGGUUGGCACGCCAGUGAUCACGGAGAUUUUCAGCCUGGGUGGAACCCGCCUCCGGGACACAGCAGUCUGGUUGCCAAGGUCCAAGGACCUUAAAAAACCUGGAACUAGAAACCAGUAGACUGGAGGCUUCUGCAGACUAGGAUUCAAGGUGAUAUUUUCAGACCGGCUUUAUGAGAGACAACACUGACGUACUCAGAGGCUGGACCAUAGCGCGAUUGCCAGGGCUUGUGUAGGAGUCCGUAGGAACUGCAAAAACCUACCACCAAGCCAGAGGGCCACGCCUGUUCAGUACUUUGAGCUUAUAGAUGAAGUGAGCAGGGAAGGAAGAGAAAGAGAAGGAAGUUGGUGUCUGCUCCAAGUGGUGGAAAUCCCAGAAGCCGGAGUGUGAUGAGAAGUUUGGAUAUUAGGGGUGGAGGAGCUGGGAUUGAGACUGGGGAAUAGAACUAGAGCCACCAUAAAACAACCUCAACAAGCCAUCUUCUUAAAUAUUCAGGGGCUUUUGUGUGAGACCUGGCAGUGUCUCUUAAGUAACUGGGAGACAGCAAUUGAAAAUGUAAUGUGAAUAAAUAAGGAAAGGAACUGCUGUUUGGUGAAUUCUUCCUUAUGGAUCCAAUUUAAUCCUCCAGACAGCCUUUUUAGGAAGACAGUGAUUUUGCCCAUUUUGCAGAUGGGAAAACUGCGACUCAAAUAACUUGUCCAGUGUCAAGCAGCUAGUAUUGAUAGAGCCUAGAAUCAAACCCGGUUUGUUAAAGACUUGUUCUUUAAGCCACUAACCUGUGAACUGUAAUCCUAUAUUCAAUAACGUAUAAUAAUAGUAUAGUAGCAAGUUUCCAGUGACCCUGAAAACAAGCUGGAUUACUUUAAGCCUUAUAACAAAUCUCUACAGUGUUGCCUCUAGCAUGGUUUAAGGAGUGCCAGGGCUAUGUGGACAAGGUCACCUUGUCAGAGCAUCUGUGUAUCCAGAUACUGGGUUCUUUCCAGGCCUCGGAUGUUGCAUAGGAUUCCUAAAACCCUAAAUGCCACUGUCCAUUUUGCUUGUUUACCUCACUCCCUCCCCUCAGCCAAAGCAGACUUUAGAAGUAAAACUGUCAACGCCUGGCUCAUCUUUCCUGAUAACUUGCAUCCCCUGCCCCUUGAUGACUUUGUGCUUGGUUUCUGUACUCAGCCCUGUCUACUAGGAGUCUUGAUUUUCUGCUUCAAGUCCUGUCAAAGGGCUAGUCUUGUCUCAGCCCUGUCUCACUUUCCAAUUCUUUGCAUAGUGCUAAAAGUGAUUAGACCUGUGAUUCAUUACUUAGCCAGCUUUGCAGGGGGGACUGAGUGUGUGCCUCCUUAAAUUUUGUAGCCCAUGUGCCUCCCUUGCUUUACUCUAGUUUCUAGCCCUGCAACUUUACAUAAUUCAGAUGUAGAUUAGCUAUUUCUGCACCCUCCCCCCUCAGCCCCUUGUUUUGCCUCAUCCUACUCACUUCAGCCAGAGUUGACUGGAUAAUUUUUUGCUGUUGUUUUGCUCCCCACAAGAUCGAACCACCCAACCCUAGUAUUCUGGUAAUUUUGACAGUGACGUCCUAAGUGAAAUUUAUAUGAUUGGUAUUCUGACUCAUGAUAUAAGAGUCUGGUUACCAUGUAUAUCAGGGUACAAUUAGAAA